AUGGCUUCAAUUUUCAACAGACAGACAUUCUUCUUUCUCCUUAUCACUUUCUUCAUAGUCCGACCAGCCCAACAACAACACCCUCUAGACCCCUUAAAUCCCUCAGAGCUCAACCUAGUCCAAACCAUACUCACACAUGCCUAUCCCAACUCCCACUACAACCUAACCUUUCAAUACGUUGGCCUAGAAGACCCAGACAAACCAACCCUCCUUUCAUGGCUCAGCAACCACUCCACCACCAAAAUCCCACAACGCAGAGCCUUUAUCAUAGCCCGUAUAAAUCAUCAAACCCACGAACUCAUCGUAGAUUUCUCCAACCGCUCCAUCAUUUCCAACCAAAUUUACCAAGGCCAUGGCUUCCCUUUACUCACUUUCGAUGAACAAAGAGCCGCAAACGCUUUGACCUUAGCCUACGCUCCCUUUGUUGCUUCAGUUAGUAAGAGAGGCUUGAAGAUCAACGAGGUUGUCUGUGGUAGUUUCACCGUGGGAUGGUACGGAGAGACUAGGAACAACAAGAGGGUUGUGAAGGUUAUGUGUUUUUACUUAGAUGGGACUGUUAAUAUGUACAUGAGACCGUUGGAGGGAGUAACGGUGACAGUUGAUCUUGAAGAGAUGAAGAUCAUUGGGUUUUGGGAUAGAUUAAGGGUUCCGAUGCCGAAAGCAGAGGGGACGGACUAUAGAGAAUCGGAGCUGAAACCACCAUUUUUGCUGCCUUUAAAGAAGAUCACUGUUGAGCAACCAGACGGACCAAGCUUCAAGAUAGACGGACACGGAAUUAGGUAA